ACGUGGAUUUGAGGCUGAAUUUCCACGAAAAUCCUCAAUAAAGUUGGAAGAAAUCAAAAUAUUAUUUUCACUGGGAACAGUUCCUUCAAAUCAGAUACAGAACAGCUGAGAAGCGCUUGGAGGGGAAAUUUUGAUCAUAUGAUAACUGUCAUUUUCAUUUUGUUUCUUAUCGUGCGUUUGUAUGGAUUCUGAAGAAAAACGUGAGGAAAUGGCACCGAAAACACCUGAAAAAGAUGCCAAGCCAAAAGUGGAGACCAGCGGCAACAUCCUCGAAUCAAUAAAUGACGAUUUGGAUGAGAUUGAUUUGGUCAGCGACAGUUUGGAUUCCCUGAACUCUGCUCUGGACGCAAUCGAGCAGCGAGCCAACAACAUGAGAACUAUGCUGAUCGAGCUGCAGAUGUCCAAUCGAGAAUUGCUGAAGGAAUUGCGUGAGGACAACAAGACGACGGAGCCCGAGAGCAGUCCGGAAGAAGGCUCUAAAAGCGGUGGGAAUUCCUAGGAAGGGUUAAAAUGCACCCCACAAAUAUUGCAUGUGUUUGUGUACAUAGCCAAAUUCCUUUUAUGCAUUAUCUGAUUGUCCCAAUAGGGUGAAAUUGCCGAAUAAAAUUAAUUGUAGCAUUUAUUU